UUGUUUGGCUGCUGUGUUUGAGGAUAGUUGAUUAUUUUAGAAUUCGUAUAUAUUUAUUUUUUUUGGGAGUAGAAUUAUUUUGUUUUGAUUAUUUAAAAAACUAAGUUAAACCAAUGCUUUAGUAUAAUGAAAGACAGUAAAAAUUAUAAAUUAUUUGUUUUAGUAUUUUCAAGUAAUUUUCAUUGAGAUAUUAAAGACUUUUAUUGAAAGUUAACUUUUUUUGAAAUAUGUGUUAACUUUUAAAAUGUUUAAAUAAAAAUAUAAAUCUUGUAUUAUAAAAAGAAAAAGCAUUCAUAAAUUUUUUGACGUUUGAGUUUUGUUACAUAUGAAAGAAAAAUAAAGCGGCUGUCAAAAUUGACGUUUGUUUUGACAAUUUGAAUUGUGGAAAAUAAAAAAAUUGGACAAAAGUGUUUUCAUUGGAUUUUGAAAGAUAUUUUAUAUUUUAAACGGAUUUCAAAUAUACUGAAGUUACAAUGAUGGAAGUCACACAACCGUCUUCUAACUUGAACAAUUUUAAAACACAAACUAAAGUACACGAUGUACCCCCUUCUGAAAGUGAUGAUAUGGAAAAAUUACAAUUUUCAGAAUCUGAAGAUGAAAUGUCCAGAGAUAAUACCACUGGAAGGCAAAUUGAAACGGAAGCUUUAUACAAUGGUAAAUUAAAAGAUGAUCACAUUGAAAAGCAAAAUGGUGAUAUUCCCUUGGAAAAAAAUGAAAGUCUGAUUAAUGAAACUUGUAAACCUUCUGAUGAUGAUAUUGAGGACUUUUUAUCGGAACUUGAUAGCGCUAUAAUGAAUUCACCAAUUAAAGAAACUGCACAAAAAGACUUAACAACAACGCCAACAAAGAAAUUAGAUGAAAAAGGUGCCGAAGAUGUUAUUUUAAUAGAGGAAAGUCCUGUUCAUCAAGAUAGUGAAAAGAUAUUGGAAUCUUCUAAAAGUAUAGAACCAGACAUUCAAGAUAUUUCUGAUGAUGAGGAAAUAGUUUUUCUUCCUGUUAAAAAAGAUGAUAGCGGUUUUAAACCCAAUACAACGGAAAAAGUUAAAACAACUGAGGAAGGAAUAAUAAGUGAUGAAGAUGACGACAUCAUUUUUUGCGAUGUUGAAGGAAGUUCAAAGAAAAAUGAAGAGAUUUCACAAAAAAUUGAACAAUCCGAUAACACAGAUAGGGAAUCAAAUAAAAGCGACAAAGUCGAAAAUAGUGAAUUAAAUUCUAAUAAGACAUGUGAAGAAGUAUUGACGGAAUCCGUUAAAGCUAUAGAAACUGAUAAAACUGAAAUUAAGUUAUUGGAAGACGAAAUUGAAACUGACGUUGACAUGGUAAAAGAUCAAGAUUUGAAAGUAAAGGAAGAUGAUGAAUCAACAAAAAUAACUUUAGAUAUUCAGGAAGAUGAAAUUAGAAAAAAUUCUGACAAGAAAGAAGAAAAACAAAGUAGUUGCACAAAAGGUGCUGUAGAAGAAAUAGAGUCCACUAUGGAGAAAACGUCACAAAAACCAUCAGUUGAAGAUGAGUGUCAAUCGAAUUUGAUUAAGGAAUCUGAAGAAACUGAGGAAACAGACAAUAAUGCGCAAUCAGCAUUUAAUAGCCAAGAAGAUAUUGUAGAUGACACUUCCAAUUUUAGUGAAAAGCUUCAGGAAGUAGAUGAGUUAGAAAAAAUGGAAUCCGAAAAAGGAAAUGAAGAAAUCAAUCAAAUAUUAAGAAAAGAGGAAGAGGAAUUAGAAAAACUGGAUAUUAGUUUUAAUAGUACAGUUCAAAAUGAAAAAAAUUCUGAAAUUGAAAGGGACUUUGUGGCAAAUGUGGAAAAACAUAAUAAAAAUUCACUUGAAGAAAGAAGAUUAUUAAAAGACUGUGAUGAUCCAAAGAGUAACGAAAGUGUUCCAAAUGAUGAAGAAAAAAUUGAGCAAGACUUGGUAACACUGGAGGACAAAAUAAAUGUAGAAGUAGGAGAUGAGGACAAUGAUAAUUCUACUGAAUGUAACAAAAAGGGAAUUAUUGAGCCCGAAUGUAACAUGGUUCACUCCGGAAAUGCUGAAGAACCCACGGAGUCAAACGAUUCAAAGUCUAACAUGGAUGAUAUUCAAGUUGCUAAAACUGUACUAGAGGAUAAUCCAGAUAAUGAAAAAGAAUUGCCGGAAGAAAAAUCAUUAUGCCCCCAAAUUGAGGAAAAUAAAAAUCAGAACAAUUUAAAAUCAGAAGGGGUAGUUCCAAUUAUUGAUAAUCUUCAUGAUCUAGCUGAAAAUAAAAAAGAGGAAUCAUUGAGUGUAGAAUCCAAAGCCGAAAAAAAUGAAAAGAAAGAUGAUGACUUGCAGCCCCCAGUGAAAAAAAUUCGUCUGUCUUCAGAUCAUGAUAGUGAACUCUGCAAAGUUAUAGAGGAAUCAAUAGACAACUUGCAAUGUGCUAAGGAUAGUGCAGUGAUGGAAGAUAACGCUGAAAAACGACUCGAAGAGCAUCCUACUGGUUCUAAAGACUCAAUUAACAAGGAAAAUUCGAAUGCGACGGAAACUGAAGCAUGCGCACAAGACAAUGACGUCAAAAAAAAAACUGCCCAAACAGUUGAAAAAGAAGAAGUUGUAGAUAAACCAUCAGAAGAGAAGUCUCUGGGAACAAGUGAAAAAAAUGAAAAUAGUGGAGAUAAGAAUUCGAAAGAUAAAGCUCCAGCAGUUAGUGGCGAAAUUGAAAGUAGUGGAGAAAAUGCCAAUCAAAAUAAAGUAGAUUUAAAAGUGACAAAAGGCAUUGACAAAUCCGAAGUAGAAGACGAUGAUAUUGUUUUAAUUGAUGAGGAAAAAGACAGUGCCGCGAAGAAAACCUUGAAACGCAGUCUCAGUCAGGAAAAUCUUCUUGAUGGCAAAAAAAUGAAGCUAGACACUUUGGCCGAUAAAAAUGCUGAAAUGUUAGAAUUUAAAGAAUUAAUAUCAAAUAUACCGGAACAACCAGUUUUAUAUCCCGCUCCCAAAUUGCCAAAAGAUGGUGAUAUUAAUCUUGAAUUUAUGAAACGCUUCAAAAAAUCUAUUAAUUCUAUGUCGAGAAACGAUUUAGAAGUAUUUGUUUCGCAGAAAGUCGUUGAGUCUAUUAUAUAUACUUCUGAAUUCGGGCAGAUGCGUGAUCAUAUAGACAAACAAGAGCAACUCAUUGAAAACUUCAGAAAAAAAAUUGCAGAAUUAGUAAAGCAAUUUAAAGAUUUGAAAAUGGUUCACGAUCGCGUUUUAAAAGAUUUGGAAACCAGAAAUCAACAAUUCAUAAUGCCCGUAAAAAUAACUCGAGCCGUUGGUUUGCAAGUAGUUAUGCCAAUUAAAUCUCAGCAAAUCAAUCGUGCAAAUACCCCACAGGGGUCUGAUCCUAGAAAUGCGCCUAUACCACAAAAAAAUAAUAAUUUACAAAAUAAUGCAAUACAGUCUACUAAUGACAAUUCAAAUAGAUCUGUACCGCAACAGCAACCACAGCAGCAACAACCUCAAUCUUUACAACGGAACAGACCCCAUCAAAAAUUUACUCCUCUUCGUCCAGAUACACCACAAGGCCCCUCAAUGAACAGAACUUCUCCUAAUACUUCCGCUAAUUCAGCAAAUAAUGUUCCUGGGCAACAAGUUGCAACAAAUAAUUUCGCUCAGAUAAUCAAUGCACAAAACUUAACACAACAAGACCAACUAAAACAACAACAGAUAGCUCAACAACAAAAACAAGCUUUAAGUCAAAAGCAUUUGCAGGCGCAACAACAAUUAAAAAAGAUUUCGGUUCUUCGGCAACAGCAAAUGCAAAAUAGUUCAAACUCACCAACCCAAAACCAACAACUUUUGCAAAAGACGUCGCCGAACCAGGUUGUUAGAAAAUUAACCGCUCCGAACCCUAAUAGGAAUCGUACACCUAGCGGAAGUAUAUAUCCAUCGCAAUCCCAACAAACACCAAUGCAACAAAUUCUUGUGAGAAAAUCAACUGGUGCCCCACAAGUACCUCAAAAAGUAAACCAACCAACUAUGCAAUCGAAUGCUACGAAAUCGCUAAAUACAAACGUUCAAAUAAAACCUAAACCGGUUAUUGAUUUGACUGAUGAAGAUGAUAUGCCGUCGAGAUCAAACGCAACAAAACCACAGAGUAGUCCUCCUGCACUAGUUGUACUGCCUGGACAAAAUCCAGCGCGAUUGUCUUAUGUGCUAGAUAAGCAGAAAAUGCAGCAACAAGCGGCAAUGCAACAAAGAAUGCUUUCGCAAUAUGCUAGGCCUAACAGACCAAUGCCCCAACCAACUCCAUCCGCUGUUCGACAAAAUCCGCAAAAUUCGAGACUUCCGCAAACGCAAUUACGUCCACAAAGUCGUCCUAUUCAUCCUGCUCCGUUACCGCGACAACCAGUUUUGCUAACAAAUUCUGCGUGGAAAGAGAUCCCUCCACGUCCCUCUAUUCAAAUCAAUAACAUAGAGACGGGUAUAGUUAUAUCUUGGACCAUGGAUGAUCUUAACGAAAGCCGUCAUGCAGAUGUUGUUAGUUAUCAAAUUUACGCCUAUCAAGAAACUUUGGCGCCACCAAAUACUGAAUCAUGGAGACAUGUUGGAGAUGUGAAAGCAAUGUUGUUACCCAUGGCUGUAACACUAACCCAGUUCCAGGAAGGUCAACGUUAUCAUUUUGCUGUUAGGGCUGUGGAUGCACACAGUCGUUGUGGGCAAUUUAGUUUACCUAAAACAUGGUAAUUAUUUGAUAAAAAUAAAUAUAUAAAAUUAAACUCAACAUAUAAUUAUAAUAAAAAAUCACAAAAAAUUUUUAAUUGUAAUGUAAUUAUGAAAUUUAAGGGAAUAAUAUUGAACACGUUUAUCAAAAUAUUAAAAUAAUAUUAUUAUACUAAAAAGUCGUAUAAUCAUAUAAAUUAUUUGAGGUUUAAUAAAUAAUAAAUAAAAUGUCAUUUUAGAAUUUAAGAAUAUUUCAGUUUGUAAUUUUAACAAUAUCUUUAAUGAAAUUAUUUAUACGUACUAUUCAAAUAUUUGAAAAAAAAAAAAAACAAAUUAUUAUAUAAUUUAGCAUCCA